CUGGUAGUCCCAGCUACUCAGGAGGCCGAGGCAGGAGGAUCGCUUGAACCUGGGAGGUCGAGGCUGCAGUGAGCUAUGAUCACAUCACUGCACUCCAGCCUGGGCAACAGACCAAGAUCUUGUCUCAAAAAAAAAAAAAUUGUUAUGGAUAAUAUUUUCCAAGGCAGAGUGGAUAAAGUUAGAAGCACCGAAUAAAUACAGGACUCUGAGAUCCCUAUAACCUGGGCGCCCCGUGGAACCGAGGAGCCUCACAGGGGCACACAGGCGCACCCAGAGCGCACCCUCCUGUUCCCCAGCGGCGCCGACUGCGCGCGCAGCUCCCGGACCGCGAAACUGCUGCUUAACGGUCGGCCCCGCCCCGUUGGUCGCGCAAGUUCUCAAAGGGGGCGGGGCCGGGAGCACGCGUCACAACACACUCGCGCGCGGGAGCGGAGCUGGCCAGGGGCGGGGUCGGCGCAUGCGCAGAGGGUGCGAGCUUGAAGGCGGGAAAAUACGGAAUGGAGCGACAGGGAGUGGACGUGCCCCAUGUGAAAUGCAAAGACCAGGAGCCGCAGCCCUUGGGGGAGAGCAAGGAGCAUCUGCGGUGGGAAGAGAACUGCGAGGAGGAAGCUGGUGGAGGGCCAGCUAGUGCCAGUUGCCAGCUGACGGUCCUGGAAGGGAAGUCGGGACUCUACUUCUCCUCUCUGGACUCAAGCAUUGACAUCCUGCAGAAGAGAGCCCAGGAGCUGAUCGAAAACAUCAACGAGAGCCGGCAAAAGGACCACGCACUCAUGACCAACUUCAGGAACAGCCUGAAAACCAAGGUUUCGGAUCUGACAGAGAAAUUAGAGGAGAGGAUCUAUCAGAUUUAUAAUGACCAUAACAAGAUCAUCCAGGAAAAGCUCCAAGAGUUCACCCAGAAAAUGGCAAAGAUCAGCCAUUUGGAGACAGAGCUCAAACAAGUCUGCCACAGUGUGGAGACUGUGUACAAAGACCUGUGUCUCCAGCCUGAGAGCCUAAGAUUCAGACGGGGGCCAAACCACUCUAGGGGAAAGUCCCCACCACGUCCCAGCGACUCACAGCCCCCAGACGUGUUCGUUUCUUCUGUGGCUGAAACUACUUCUCAGGCCACUGCUUCAGAAGAACAGACCCACAGAGAUGGUGAAUGCUGACAGCUGCCGGGAGACUCACGCCUUAGUGACAGUCUCCAGGAGAAGACUGUGAGGCCACCAUUUGGGCCACACUGAGAAAUUGUUUUUCAUGGUUCUAUAAUGCAUCUUGGCAGAAAAAAACAAAAACCCAAAGCUCCUUGUGCUGAACUCCCAAAAUGUAGCAAGUCCAGCGCCUGCCAUAGGCCCAGCCUUCAUGCUCCCCACCCUUGGCAAGUUCUCCCCACCCCGAGCCCCACAGUUUAUUAAAUGUUUGAUUUUCAACCUG